AGAAGAAGCAGAAGAAGAAAAUAAAGAACGAAGAUCACAGCGAAGAUGAAGGUCCGAGGUUUGGUGCUUGCUCCAGCCACCACCCUGGGGGUGUUUAUCGUAGUGAUCCUUCAAUGCUCGGCACCGACCGUGACGGCGAUACAGACGGAAAAGGAAGCCUACUUCAAUGGAUCUGCCUACCUGAGGUUAAAAACGCCAAUGACCCUUUGGAGCUAUUCGGCGAUCAGCUUCAAAUCGUGCCGAGGCGGAGAGAUCCUCUCCCAGCGUUACUCAGGUCACGCCCUGCUGGUGUCCGUCCUACCGGACUGGGUAUCGAUCGUCCUAUCAACACCGGCUCAACCUCAAAUCGAAGCACGCGUCGCUGGCCGACUACUGGACAACAAAUGGCACACGCUCGAGUUCGUCUACCAGGCCGGUACGCUUUACUGCGUGAUCGACAAGCAAUCGACCCCCAUCGCAAACCAAAGCCACAACGCGCAGCUGAUCCUUGACGCGGAGAUCAAGAACGAAGCGGCCGUGCUGAUCCUUGGCAAGCAGUACGCAGGAUGUCUGCUACACGGACCCGGUUUGGUGUUCAACGCAAGCGCAAUGAACGCGGAAGCCGUCGUAUUUGGACCCUGUCCACUAGCAGCAGGACCUUGCACGGACCACGACAUCCUUGAGGGUGGUGUCCCUGUUGAUUACUGUUCGCACGAUCCUUGCAUGCAGCAUGGGACGUGCAUUUCACGAUCCGAUUCCUACGAAUGUCACUGUACGGCUCGGUUUAAGGGCAAAAAUUGUGAGAUCGACAUGGGUCCACCGUGUCAGUCGUACCCGUGCCAACACGGUGGUUCUUGUUCCGAGGACAGCAAGGGUGACUACCGGUGUACGUGUGCCCCCGGAUACACCGGAACCGUGUGCGAAACCGAGCUAAGCGUACAUCCCCUGUGUGAGAAGAAUCCGUGCGUGAACAAUGGCACAUGCCGGGUUGCGAUUGUCACCAACACCGUCGAGUGUGACUGCCUGAAGGGAUUCAUCGGAGCACGGUGCGAGAUCAACUGGGACGAUUGUAAAUCGAACGUGUGCCUUAACGGAGGCCGCUGCAUCGACGGUGUGGAUGCGUUCACAUGUGACUGCAAGGGCACCGGAUACGGUGGCACACUCUGCCAGAACAACAUCGACGAGUGUUUGAAUGUUCCAUGUCAAAAUGGAGGCACCUGCUUCGAUACGUACGGUUCGUUUCUGUGCGAUUGUCCGACCGGGUUUACCGGACCCACCUGCCAGCUGGGUGUGAACGAAUGUAAAUCACAACCGUGUCAAAAUGGUGGCACGUGCAUUGACACCCGAGAGGGCUUUAAGUGCCGUUGCAUCCCCGGGUAUGGUGGAUCGUUGUGUGAACUGGAACCGGGCUGUGGUCAGUGUCCCUCCGAUUCCGAGUGUAUCGCGGGACGCUGCGUUUGUAAACCAGGCACCACAGGCUUGGUAGGACUUUGCGUAGAGCAAAUGACGGCCGCCACGAUCGCGACCAUCAUCGCCACCGCUAAUGCCGCCGGCACAAGUGCACAGAAAUCCCAGGCUCUCUCAAAUGCAUGCGCAAGCCAAUGCCUCAAUGGCGCCAGCUGCGUCCCGGCCGGGGGCGCCGGUUUCGGUCAAAAUUUAACCUGUCUUUGUGCUAGCGGAUUCACAGGAACUCGUUGCGAAUCCCCAAUCGCACUGCCGUACUCCGACUCGGAGUGUAACUGCCUCAAUGGGGGAAGUUGUGCCCCGAACGGAUCGACCUGUCUCUGUCCACCCGGGUUUGAAGGAUCACGAUGUGAGCAAGUCUCAACCGGCGGUGGAGUAUGCAAUCCUGCGAGCUGCGCUGAACCAUUCCGGUGCAUCGGUGGCAAGUGCCAGUGCCCGGACAACAUGAACUGUGACAAUCCGUGUGCGUCGUCACCGUGUCUGCAUAAUGGUUCGUGUUAUCUGCAGGGCCAAGGAUACGGUUGCCAGUGUACGUCCGGGUUCGAGGGCAAACGGUGCGAAAACGACAUCGACGAGUGCAAGAAGGACGGUAUCUGUGGAAAUGGAAUCUGCCAGAACACGCCCGGAUCGUUCCGGUGCUUUUGUACGCCCGGUUACACCGGGUUGAACUGCGAUCUUGAUGUGGACGAGUGUCUAAGCCAUCCGUGCAAGCAUAACGCCGAGUGUCAGAACAAGCAGAACGAUUACGAGUGCAUCUGCCCGGCCGGAUUCACCGGGAAGGACUGUAGCAUCGAUAUUAACGAGUGCGAGAACAACCCCUGCUCGAAGGGUUCGAGUUGUAUCGAUCUGGUGGCUAAUUUCACGUGCAUGUGCGUCCCCGGCAUGACGGGACGUUUGUGCGAGAUCGACAUUGACGAUUGUGAGAGUCAACCAUGCCAGAAUGGAGGCCGGUGUAUCGAUCAGCUGGGCGGGUUCCAGUGUGACUGCAACGCCACCGGAUACUCAGGCAUCUACUGUCAGACGAACAUCAACGAGUGCGAAUCAAACCCGUGCACAAAUGGGGCGGAAUGUGUGGACAAGAUCAACGAUUACCAGUGCAACUGCUUCCCGGGUUACACGGGCAAGAACUGCGAGGAGGACAUCGACGAGUGUGAAACCAUCCCGUGUCUGUACGGUGGCACUUGUCUACAGCGCUCGAACUACAGCCUCUACCAACCGCUGGUUGCGGCCGGAUCUAAGGGUUUGCUGCCGGUCCAUUUCGCACAACCGUUUUCGUACGCGAUCGCGGCCGGAUAUGAGUGCAUCUGUGUCCCCGGCACGAUGGGUACGAACUGCGAGACGAACGUGAACGAGUGCGAGAGCAAUCCGUGCCGGAAUGGUGCGUGCGUGGAUGGCGUUGGGAACUACACGUGCGAGUGUGAUCCGGGCUUCGAGGGGUCACACUGUGAGACGGACAUCGACGAAUGUCUUAAAUAUCGGCCGUGCGUUCACGGCACGUGCAUGGAUGGGCGAAACAACUACGUGUGCGAUUGUGACGGGUUGUGGGGUGGCAAGAACUGCUCCGUCCAGCUGACGGGAUGCGUCAAGGAACCGUGUCUGAACGGGGGUACUUGUGUGCCGUCCCUGGAGAAUGAAACGCAGCAUAAGUUCAACUGCUCCUGUCACCAGGGCUUUCAGGGGAAAACGUGUGAUACCGUCACGACGAUGUCACUCGUGGCCAGCAGCUUGCUCGUGGUGAAUACGACACGUGACGAGGGAUAUGACAUCUAUCUGAGCUUUAAGACGACGCUUCCGAACGGGAUCCUUGCGUUCGGAAAUGGGGCGACCUCGUACAUCCUGGUGCUGAACAAUGGUCGGCUGAAUCUGCACUCCGCACUGCUCAACCGUUGGGACGGCGUGUUCAUCGGAUCCGAGCUUAACAACAGCAAAUGGCAGAAGGUGUUUGUGGCGAUCAACUCCUCACAUCUCGUGUUGUCGGCAAACGAUGAGCAGACGAUCUAUCCGAUCAACUCGUACGAGGGCACGAACGGUAGCAACACGUCCUUCCCGAUAACGUACCUUGGCGGAACGAUCCCGUCACUGGCACAACCCUACCUAAAGCACAUCGCACGGGCAUCGAGUUUCGUCGGGUGCAUGGAGGAUGUCGUCAUCAACGGGCAGUGGGUGUUACCGGGUCAGGAGCAGGAAUUCACCACGCUGCACAACAUCGACACUGGGUGUCCGCGAACGCCCCAGUGUGACCCAAAUCCGUGCCACUCGAAUGGCCACUGUACCGAUCUGUGGCAUACGUUCGCGUGCAGUUGCCAGCGACCGCAUCUGGGUCACACCUGCAAGUACAACAUCACGGCGGCCACGUUCGGACACGAGAACACCACCAAUUCCGCGGUCAAAGUGACGGUUAGUGAUGUGGCCCGGCGUGCGAUCCGCUCCGUGCUGGACAUUUCCAUGUUCAUCCGCACGCGCAAAGCUUCCGGGCAGGUGUUCUACCUCGGUUCGGAUCCGGACAACCAGAACACCAACGCCAACCAAUCGCCGGGAGAUGAUUCGUACGUGGCCGCGUUCCUGUCUAAGGGCGAGCUGUUGGUGCGCAUGAUCUUUAACGACACACCCGAGGGUUAUACGGUCGGUGGGAACAAGCUCGACAACGGCUAUCUGCAUCUGAUCGAGGUGAUCCGCAACUCGACGCUGAUUCAGGUGAAGCUGAACGGGACGGAGUACUUCCGUAAGACGCUCUCGACCUCGGGGCAGCUGAAUGCGCAAGUUCUGUACCUCGGCGGUCCGCCACCAAACGCCGAUUGGAUCAACAGCCUGUACAAGGACGACUCGGAGAAGCAGUACUUCAAGGGCAUCAUACAAGAUGUGCAGGUGUCGAAUGGAUCACAUGCCAUGAUCGUCGAGCUGUACCCGCUCGGGGACGGCACCGAGGGCCUUGAGCUGCCAGCUCCGUUCGGUGAGGUCAGCAUCGACCGGAACUCGGUGCUGGAAGGCGUCGUAACGGACGAUCUGUGUCGGAGUGAACCUUGCUACCACGACGCGUACUGCGAGAACACUUGGAAUGAUUUCAUAUGCACCUGCCCACGCGGAUACAAGGGCAAGUACUGUCAGGACAUUCAGUUCUGCGAGCUGCAAAAGUGCCCUAUGAAUGCUACCUGCCAAAACCUGGACGCUGGCUACGAGUGCAUCUCUAACAUGACGUUCCACGACGAUAAGGAACCGCUUGUGUUUUCGUUCAACGAACCAAACCAAAAGGACGUCAGUAUGGACACGAUCGAGAUCUCGUACCGGACGAAAUUCGGCGGCACGUUGCUGUACGUGAACGAUGGCGAUAUGUACUUUGAGAUAUCGACCAUCCGCCAGCUGGUCACGAUCUCGUGGCUGCUGUCGGGUGACCUGCCGGAAACGCACCGAUUCGAGCGGGAAAUGACGGGUGAGGACGACAGCUACGAUUGGCACACGCUGCUCGUGAAGGUGAGCCAAGGCGGCAAGCUGGAAGCUGGUUGGAAGGGCUGGGAAACGGCCAUCGAUCCGCAACCGAGCCUAACGGCCGACAUCGAUUACUUCGCGUUCCGGCAUCUGUUCUCUGGACGGCAGCAGAUUUACCUCGGUGGCAUGCCUGAAAUGGCACACAUCGAGAACAACUCCGUCGUGAGCGGUGGCAUCGAUAAGGGUUCCUCGUUCAAGGGCUGUCUUGGGGAGACGCGUGUCGGUGGGUACCUGCUGCAGUACUUCCCGCAUGAGCUCAUCUACCCGGACACGUUCAACCUGACCGAACCGCAUUUCACGCUCAACUCGAGCCAGCCCGAACAGGGAUGUAUCCUGUGUUUCCAGCAGUCGUGUAAAAACGGUGGCGUUUGCAGUAACCCCUCGGAACAGUACGCCUGCGAGUGUCCGGCCGGGUACGAGAGCGACGAUUGCUCGCAGAACAUCGACGAGUGUCUGUCGGCAAACUGCAUGAAUGGGGCGACUUGCCUCGACGGUGUCGCCAACUUCACCUGCCAGUGUGUGGAAGGUUUCGAGGGCCAGCUGUGCGAGAUCGAGAUCAACGAAUGCGAUUCAAACCCGUGCCACAACGGUGGUGUGUGUCAGGAUCUACUCGCAGGGUUCUCCUGCAUCUGCACUGAGGAAUACGCCGGACCGCAGUGUGACGUCUUUCGGUUGGUGACGUGCGAAAACCUGCCCUGUCGCAACGGAUCCCGAUGUGUCGAUGGAUACAACAUGACGACGGGGAACAACUUCACGUGCUCCUGCAGUGCAGGCUUUGCAGGGCCGCUUUGCGAUAUGCCGUUCUGUCGGUUGGAACCGUGCCAAAACGGUGGUCUUUGUGACACGGAAGCCAUGAUUCCGGUAUGUAACUGCCUGCCGGGAUACGUCGGCAUGUACUGCGAGACGGAGGUGAACGAAUGUGAAUCAGUACCGUGCCUAAACGGUGGCCAGUGCAUCGAUUUCAUCAAUGAGUACCGGUGUAACUGCACCGGCACGGGUUUCGAUGGCAAGAAUUGCGAGCACGACAUCAACGAAUGCCUGCAGGACAGGAUUAGCUGCGGUGGCCGUGGUCACUGUGUUAACACGGAAGGUUCCUUUAGAUGUCGCUGUGAAGAAGGCAUGUGCGGGAAGGAUUGCGCCCAGUCCGAUCCUUGCCAGCUGAAUCCCAACGUGUGCCUCAACGGAGGCACCUGUGUGGAAGAUUGCGAUCACGAUCGGAGGUACUACUGCAACUGCACCGGUGGCUACACAGGUGUCAACUGCUCGGAACAGACCGAUAACAGCCUCAAUGAGAUCAGCUAUCUGGAUUCGGUUUACUACUAUGUUCAUAACUUUGUGGGGAGUGCGACACUGGAAGCUGAAGAAACAUCCGGUGCGGACAUCGCCCUCAUCGUUGUGCCGGUCGUGAUCGGCAUCCUGACGAUCGCCGGUGCCCUGAUCGGUACGUUCCUAGUGAUGGCGCGCAACAAACGAGCGACUCGUGGCACCUACAGCCCAAGUGCGCAAGAGUACUGCAACCCAAGACUGGAAAUGGACAACGUGCUCAAACCGCCACCGGAGGAGCGACUGAUAUAGAGAGCCUCAUAUAGGUUUCCCUUCCAAUUCUCUGUUACUAUAGUGUCCUGUUUUGUGUAGACCCUCUGUUUUU